AUGUUUAACUUCACAGAUGCCUGCCGGUGCCCACGUUCCAACAGGUUCGCUCUAAAACUCAGUUGUGCUGGGCUCAUCCUUCUUCUCUUGACCGUAAUUGGACUGAGUGUUUUAGUGCAAGUCUUAAUACAAAAGCCAUCAAUAGAAAAAUGCAGAGUGGAUAUUCCAAGGAUUGCGGCUAGCUCAACAGAGACUCCAGUUCAGCUAACGUGCCCCAAUGACUGGAUGCCACACCGAAAUAAAUGCCUACAGUUUUCUCAAGAGACCAGUGUUUGGAAGGACAGUCUAUCUGACUGCACUAGAAAAGGAGCCAUUUUGCUGCUCAUUCAAGACCAAGAAGAACUGAGAUUUGUAAAGAACUUUGCAAGGGAAAAAGGCAAUUCAUUUUGGAUUGGACUAAGUUACUCCAUGUCAGAGAUGCACUGGAGAUGGAUAAACAGCUCGACUUUAAGUUCUGAUGUACUGAACAUCAUAGGUGACUUUAAACUUAACAGCUGUGUCACUGUCUCAAAGGACAAAGUGGUUUCUGAGUACUGUGCUGCAGACAACAACUGGAUCUGCCAGAAGGAAGCAAAAUGA